UUCACACUGGACAGUAAAGCAGUCUGUUUUGCAGCUGGCUUUAAAUAAUGCUGUCUCCAAUGUUCCACAAAAUCUUAGGAGCAGUUUUUUUUCUGCUUCCAUGCUGUUCUCAAGGUUUCCCAGCACUGGCUGGUAAUGGAAAGGAAGCUGGUAAUGGAAAGGAAGACACUGUUAGUCAAUUAGAACAUCGGAUUUCCAGGCUUGAAGGAGUUUUGUUCAUAGGUUUCCCAGCACUGGCUGGUAAUGGAAAGGAAGACAUUGUUAGUCAAUUAGAACAUCGGAUUUCCAGGCUUGAAGGAGUCCUCCACUUGGAAAAGAUGAUAACAACAGCAGGAGGAAAAAUAUUUGCUACCAAUGGGAAGAAAGGUGAUUUCCAUGCUACAGUGAAAGAAUGCCAAGAAGCUGGAGGGUCUAUUGCCACUCCAACGAACCCGAGUGAGAAUGAUGCCAUUCUGUACUUUGUGAAAAGUUAUAAUACCUACGCCUACCUGGGGAUAAAGGAAUCUCUAAUUCCAAGUAAAUUUCAGUUCCUGGAUGGUCCAAAACUGAGCUAUACUAACUGGCAUUCAAAGGAACCUUCUGGCAAAGGGGAAGAGGAAUGUGUGGAGAUGUACACUGAUGGCACUUGGAAUGACAAAAGAUGCAACCAGAAUCGCCUCAUUGUCUGUCAGUUUUAGUGCUUCCCCAUGCCAUGCUCCAGCAGCCUCCCUGGAACGUGCUCACUUAUCCCUUGUCUCUUCAUUUGUAGCUAGUAAAUUCAGAUAAUGCAACAUGAAAAAUACAAAUCGCUUUC